AUGCAAAGUUCGACGGAAGUCAGGAACGUGCUCCGCUUGAAGAGCAGCUCGUGGGAGCAGACCUGGCGUCGUUGCUAUGAGGCAGCAGCGGAAGUCUUCGAAUGGUGGCCGAAAUGCCAUCAGAUCAGCUGUGCAAGAAUGACAGAUAUUUCGUCAUGCAAUUUGCUUCGACAACUGCUGCAAACUGUGCGGUUCUUUUCCAACCGCCACAGCCGCCACCCUAGACCUAGAUAUUAG